CAUAAAUCGUCAUUUUUCUUGUGUAAAAAGAUAGCUAAUUUUCUAUCAUCGUAUAUUUCUCCAACCUUCUCUGUGCAAUUACAUCUAAUUCAGUUUUCAACGAAAAGGAAAUCUGAGCACGGAAACCUCGAAAUACUUGGCCGUAAUGGACUCCGUGAAGAUGAUUCCACUCGAAGGGCGCGUCGACGAUCCACUCCGCUAUGGGAUUCACGGUGUGAAGAGCGAUAUUAUCGAGCCUCACCCCCUUGAAUCUGCCCAGCGCACUGCGAAGGCGAGGCAAGAAGAAAUGAAGAAGAAAAUACUGGCGAAUACUUACGGGGCAGCGUUUCCGAUGAAGAUGGAGCUCGACCGCCAGAUUCUCUCCAAAGAUGGCUUUGGGAACACAUAUAGGACCAUGAUGUCUGAGUUUAGAUUCCAAAGGCCUCCUGGAGUCAUACCAUCUUCCUUUGUAGGUUUAGAGGCCUUUACUGGAAGCCUGGAAAAUUUUGGUUUUGAAGAUUAUCUCAACGAUCCCAGGGAAUCUGAAACAUUUCGCCCGGUUGAUAUGCAUCAUGGAAUGGAAGUUCACCUUGGGCUGUCAAAAGGACCACCAUGCCCCAGUUUCAUGUGAAAGCUCGAGAUUGAAUUUUAUUGUGGCUGUGUAUUCGACUGUUGAAUUAUUGUGCGGGCGAUCGAGAUGCAAUCAAUAUUUGAACAUUUCUUUGGCAGUCCAAAAAAUAUGGAGGAUAUUUUAGCUGUGAUACAUUUGUUAUGCAUCCUGGAACUGUUAUUUUUACUGUUUGGCUUCCUUCAGAGUAUCCUGCACUUACGGGUGUUUUGCUCCUAAUACAAUCCUUUCUUAUGAUCCAUCGAGUUUAGCAAAGCUGAGAUAUCAUUCAGAAACCUUUUCUUUUACAGCAAUGACAUUAC